AUGAGAAUUAUUCUUUUUGCUAUUGCUUACUAUCUUGUUCACGCUGCUGGUCAAACAGUUUUCGCUAGUAACUGUCCGUCAGAUUCACCUGUUUCGUGUUCGAGCUCAGCCUCGGCUUCGUGUUGUUUCGAAUCUCCAGGUGGUGUUCUUUUACAAACGCAAUUCUGGGACUACUCACCGUCAACUGGUCCGUCAGAUUUGUUCACCUUACAUGGCUUGUGGCCAGAUAACUGUGAUGGUACAUAUGAACAGUUCUGUGACACCUCAAUUGAAAUCAACAAUGAUGGUAGCACCGUUAAAAGCAUUUUGGUUGAUCAAUUUAAUGAUGAAAAGUUGUACAACAAUUUGAACGCUGUUUGGAAAGACAUUAAUGGCAAAGAUCACUCAUUAUGGGCUCACGAAUGGAACAAGCAUGGUACUUGCAUAAACACAAUUAAGCCAAGUUGUUAUUCAAACUAUCAAACAAACCAAGAUGUCUACGACUACUACUCAAUCUUGUAUAACUUGUUUGAAACUUUGCCAACCUAUAAAUGGUUAGUCGACGCAGGUAUCACUCCAAGUAACUCCAAAACCUACACCAAAGCUCAAAUCCAAAAUGCGCUUAGCUCAAACUUUGGUCAAAAUGUUUAUUUCAAGUGUGAUUCAAACAACGCCAUAAGCGAAGUCUGGUAUUUCCACCACAUUAAAGGUUCCUUGUUGCAAAACGAUUUUAUUCCAAUUGCUCCUUUAUCUUCUUCAAACUGUCCAAGCACGGGAAUUCUUUUCCCACCAAAGCAAGGAGGAGACGAUGGUGGCGAUGGUGGCGAUGAUAAGGAUCCAGUCGUGACCAAGACCACCACUUCCGGCUCAAUACCAACUGGGAUCCCUUCCCGAGGUUACAUUGAUUUAUCUGGUAAAUCAGGUUGUUUGAUCUCAAAUGGUAAAUGGUACACUUCUGGUACUUGUGCAACUUACAAGUUUGCUCAAUCAACAUAUGGUGGAAUCACUAUUACCUCAUCUAAGGGAGGAUGUGGUAUCAAUUCAUCUACUAAUGAAUUUGUUUGUGGAUCUUCAGUUGAUGCUUCAAAGAACCAGUUUCAAGUCAAGGAUUCUACUAUUGGGUAUGGUGGUAACUACAAUUGGUGUUUGGGCUCGCAAACUGGUGGUGGUUCAACUGCUCAAACUAGUAUCAAAUUGAGUGAUGGUUCAUGUAGUUCAUUUAAGCUUCAAAUUGCUUCUAAAUAG